AUGCCUCGGGGUCAGAAGCGUAAGCUCCAAACCCAUGAGAAACGCCGCCAAUCCCAAGGUGGGACCCAGGCACCGAAGGGUGCUCAGGUCACUGCAACCAAGCAGGAAGCAUUCCCCUCCUCGUCCCCUCCUCCUUUUGGUGUUAUUACUCCUCAGGGAAAGCCUGGUGCUAGGUCACAUAGCCCUCUCAAGAAGCCUCACAGAGCCCUAUCCACCACCACUAUGUCUGCAGGUGUUUCUCACACAAGAUCAUAUGAAGGAGCCAACCGCAAAACUGCGAAAAAAUGCAGUUCCUACCAGGCCCCACUCUCCACUGUGCAGUCUCAAAGAGACCCUCUAACCAAGGUGACCGGUAUGUUGGUGCAGUUCCUGCUGCACAUGCUCAAGAUGAAAAAGCCCAUUGUGAAAACAGAUAUGCUGAAGGUUGUCGAUAAAAAGUACAAAAGUCGCUUCCUUGAGAUCCUCAAAAGAGCUUCUUUCAGUAUGGAGGUGGUAUUUGGUGUUGACUUAAAGGAAGUCGAUUCUGCCAAGCAUUCCUACAUCCUUGUCAACAAGAUGGACCUGCCCAACAAUGGGACAGUGAGCUGUGGCAGAGGAUUUCCCAAGCCCGGUCUCCUAAUGAAUCUCCUGGGUGUGAUCUUCCUGAAGGGUAACUGCGCCACUGAGGAGGAGAUCUGGAAAUUCCUGAAUAAGAUGAGAGUAUAUGCUGGGAAGAAGCACUUCAUAUUUGGGGAGCCCAGGAAGCUCAUCACCCAAGAUUUGGUGAAGCUUAAGUACUUGGAAUACCAGCAGGUGCCCAACAGUGAUCCUCCACGCUAUGAAUUCCUGUGGGGCCCAAGGGCCCAUGCCGAAACCAGCAAGAUGAGAGUCCUGGAGUUUUUGGCCAAGAUUAACCAUACAGUCCCCAGUGCCUUUGAGUCUUGUUAUAAAGAAGCUUUGAGAGAUGAGGAAGAGAGAGCCCAAGCCACAGGCGCACUGAGGGCUGACACCAAUGCCACCUCCAGUGAAUGUUGUGGGCCAUGUCUAGCAGCUCCUCCCACAUCUAGUGAAGUUGAGGCAGAUUCUUCACUUUGUGGUUGA